UAUAUGAAUGCCUGACAAUUUUAAUGUAUUGCUGUGCCUGAGCGAGGAAAAAAGGGCGAGGAAGACUGAGGCAGACUCGUGGAAGCGAAAUAAGGUAUGAUGGUCACCAUCACGCAUGGGCACGCGCAGAUAACCAGCCAGAACUUAGGGGACACGACUGGAAAAUGUGCAGAGCUGAACAUCGCGUGAGAUUUUUCAAGUAAGAGGCCGUGUAGCAGGGACUAAAGACGAACUCGAGUUUUUACCCAGACCCGGGGGCGAAAAGGGAUUCUCCAUGUACUCUGGACUCUCCUCCUUGCCGAUGACGACGGAGCGGAGGCAGAAUAAGGAGCGCCUGGAAGCCAGCCUCGCCUGGCUGUGCGAACUGGAGUUGCUGAAACAGCGACAAGAAAGCCUAGUUUUAAACGCUCUGUCCCUGGGCGACAUAGUUCCAGGACAGCCAGCAUGGGGAGACCUCCAACCCGCUCGGUCCAGCCAGUCGGAUGUCCUUCGAGAGCAAGAGGACUUGACUUUGAGACGACAACUGAACAGUCUCCAGAGUGCCCCCUGGGGGUUAAUGCUGACGCUGGAGCAGCAGUUGAGGGAGUUGAGCCUGGAGCAGUCCCAGUCUUUGGCAACACUGGCACUGCCGCUGCCCCUCCCUCUGCCUCCACCACCCCUUCCUCCCACCGCCUGUGAUGACGACCCGUCUGAGGAUGACGAGGAGGUCAGCCGACCCAGCUCAGGCUUCUAUGAGCAGAGCGAGAGCCUGUCUCCACCGGGCCCCCCGGGCCCCCCAGCCACCAGCUGGGCCUCCACAGCAGGCCACCACCGGCCCAAGUCAGUGGACUGCACGCUACUUAACGGAGAGGAGUCGAGGGAGCCCAGCCCUCGCUCCAUGCUGCCCCGAUCCCACUCCGCCCCUUUCUCCCCGCUCGAGGACAUCGCCGAGGGCCCGGGAGAAGACGAGGAGCUGGACCUGGACUUCAGGGAGGUGCAUGACCUAGAGGAGGAUGAGGAGGAGGAGGAGGAAGAGGAAGAGGAGGAGCCAUGGCCGGAGGCUCCGGAACCCGAGACCACGGAGGAGGACAUCCAGCAGGCAUUACGCGUGGAGGCCUACAUCCUGUCCCUGCUGCAGCGUCGCGCCCUGAGGCCUCGCCACACUGCACACUACAUGCCGCCCGCGACGCGCAACCACCACCACCACCAGCAGCACCACCACCACAACGGGGGGUCGUUCGCCACACGUACGCCCCAACACCCCAUCACCAUCCCCCACGCGGUGGCCGACGUCCCUCAAGACCUCUCCGAGACGCAGGGGUGGAUGGGUGGCACGUCGGCAGCGGGGAACGACGAGGGCCAGGCGGACGCGGAGCUCGCCCAGGCCCUGGAGCAGUACUACCUGUCCCUGCUCUACCCGACCUCCAGGCCUGCGUCCCUGGCAGCCGCGUCGGCAGGCCCUCCUCUUCCUCCUCCCCCUCUUCCUCCUCCGUCAGCGGUGGCGAUGCCCCUGCCCCAGCAGCAGCCGUAUGGAGCAGGAGGGGGACCCCCUCCGCUUCCCACAGACCCCGGUGGGUACAGCAGCAGCACUGACCCCGAGUCUCUGCAGAGCAACCCUGGGGACUACGGAGAGCCCUAUCCCCUAGUGGCGGAGCAGCAGCAGCAGCAGCAGCAGCUGCUGACCGUGAACUAUGUCCCUGUUGGCCACCCACAUUCGCACUCGCACCCCCACCCACACCCACACCCCCACCCACACCCUCACCCUCACUCCCACCCACAUGCCCACCAGCAGCACAGCAGUGGCAGCUCUCCCUUCCAUGCCAAGCACAAGCCGAGCCGGGCGUCCUACGUUGGAGCCGCUGGGCACCAGCCAGCUGGCAGCAGGUCGUCCCCUUGCAGAGCAAAGGGAGCCGCCACCGCCACCGUAGCAGCAGCAGCAGCAGCAGCAGAGCUCAGGAGCUCCCCUAGAGGUGUGGCGGGGAAGAAGACUCCGGCGACCGCCGCGGCAGCCUCCUCCGCUAGCCGGUCACGGUCGGAUAACAGCCUCCAGGGGAGUGGAGGUGGAGGUGGAGGAGGAGGUGCAGCAGGGUGGGGGCGCUACUACACGGUCCAGAGGGAGACGACGCGGGCCAGCAGGCGUGGGCAGGUGCCUGAGGAGCAGCCCCCACCACACCAGAGACGCUGGUGCUCCACGGCCGACCUCAGCCAGGAGGAGGAAGAGGCUGCUGGAGCUGGAGCUGGGGGGGGCUACGGAGGAGGACGCUCCCAUCAACACUCCCAUCAACUCCCCCACCCCCACCAACACCCACACGCACACCUGCAUUCCUCCUACGCCCAGCCGCACCAACAGCACCUCCGGCAGGCUUGGCCUCCUCCACCUCCCCCUCCUCCCUAUGGAGGAGGUCAGGAGCAGGGCCGCGGUGGCGGUGGCGGGGGAGACGUUGGGAGACUUGGCAGCCCUGGUCCUGGAAGCCCCAUGGGACCACACGGGGUGUCAGCCAAAGGGGCAUCGGCAUCGGCAGUAGGGGCAGGAGCAGUAGCAGGCGGGGGCUCCGACUCCAGCCUGAGCGAGGCCUACUCGCCGGGCUCCAGCUCGUUCACCAGCGACUCGGACGAGAGCGGCGGGGGCCUGGUGUGGCCGCAGGAGGUGCCGCCGCGACUCGCCUCCUCGCCGCCACCGGCGCUGUCCUCCGUGGUCAAGAUCAAGGCCUCGCACGCGCUCAAGAAGAAGAUCAUGCGCUUCCGCUCAGGCUCGCUGAAGGUCAUGACCACCGUUUGAAGAAGUCCGCAUUCAUACCCUCACAGAUCUUUUUUUACAGUGUUAAUUUAAAGCCGAGAGAAAAGGACCUACACUGUGAGUGUUAAAUUUGACCCUCUUUCUUAACUCCCUCCCUCCCUCCCUCCAAUCGCCUUCUACAACUUUUGAAGAGUUGGACAAGCUGGCUUGAGAAAGGAAAAGACUGUUCCAUGUGUUGUUUUCUGAGGGGGCUCCUGAAUAGGUGAUAGCGCAUCUGUCUGACUUAUGAUAUAAGGAUCCACAGAGGACAUUUAUGCUGAAGACACAUGACAGGUACAAAACUGUCCUUUUCAGUUCUGUAACUUAAAGGGUACAGCAUCCUUUAAGAUACAUACGUAUAUAGUAUUGUACCUUCGAAGGCACUUUGGUGGGUAAAUAAUUUUCCCUCAAAAGCUGCACCCCUGUGAUAAGCAGUUCUAUCCACAUUGGUACUCCUAUUUUCCCUAUUUGUCUGUGUGUACGCACCCUCUGCCGGAGACAGCUUGCCUCAAUGCAGCCCGACCACCUAAAGGACCAGAGGCCUUCAUGAGACGUUGUUUUGUACGAAUCGAUUUGCUUUGCUAUUAUUUUAUGAAGUGCGACCAUUUUGUAAACAUUAAAUUAUCCAUUUGUAUAAACGUACGAAGUGGGCUCAAUGCAAUACGUUCAGAAAGACGAGACAAAAACAAUACCCUUAGUCGCUUUGAGCUCUUUUGUCCAAUGAUGCCUGCAUUUUUUUGUAAAUAUAUACAAACUUUUUGUUAUUAAUAUAAUUCUCUUUUCAAAAAAAAAGAAAAUGACAAACAACGUCACUGCAGCAUGCCAGUGACUUGAAGUGAAAUGCUGUUACGUGAAGAUGCCAGACCUGAGAGACAGUGCCCACUUAUGUACCCACCAGUGCCAUGCAGAGACACACUGCCAUCCCUUUAGAUAAUAUACCUACGUCACCUACCUCUCACGCAGUGCCACCCCCCACCCCCACGCCCCCCUUUCCCUCGCUGCCUCCUGACACUAGUGCGCAUGCCCGACCUUUGUUUGGAGGUCACUUGCUGGGCCACCAAGUUGCUGCCCGCGGGUCGCAGUUGGCCCGCGGGCCGUUGUUUGGAGACCAGUGCCCUACAGUAUUAUGGCUGUGCCCCCCAGUACAAACUAUGAUGACUGUGUCCACCCUACCACCCCACCCUAAAAUGAUGAUGACUGUGCCUACAUCUUACACGCACGCCCCAUUCUCACCCUCACCCCCAUCUCUGCACCUUGCUGCCCCCAGAGACUGUUUGUCCAUGGGGGCAUAAUUUUUUGGCCUUCCUUCCUCCACCUCACCCCUCCACCCAGCUUCCUACUACUGUAUGUAAUGGACAUGUGUAGAUACCCCCUCCCCUCCCGUUCUCCCCUGCUUGAGAGACAUUAGCACGUUAGUACUUAAGGACCGUAGCCAUGAAGGUUUAAGAAGAAUGUAGUUUAGUGUGGGAAGAAGAAGUGAUCCUUUUCUGCUCCUCUGUUGUGUACUUUUAAAAAAACAACAUUCGCACUGAAUAAACAUCCUUU